CUUUGGCAUGAACCUCAUUGCUGCGGAACUGUUUUGGUCGGCUACCGGAAGUAGCCUGGGUGACAUUUAGAACAGGACGUAAACGAAGGCAUGGGUGGUUGUAUGUGGUGAUGUGAGACCCAAUGUCCUGCAAGUUUAUUUGUAGUUUUUGUAUUUUUAUUAAGUGUACACUUUAAAGAGCAUAAUGGCGGCGUGGAGCUGCCGGUUUCUUUUUCAGCGGGGAACUCGACUCAUUUCUAUCCGAGCAGCAGCUGAAAGUCCUGCCCAGUUUGUGGCUUCCGUUAGGACAGUGAAGACCACUACAUGGUUUGAGGAACACCUCACAGAGGACAACCAGGAAUACAUGAGGAAGAGCAUGGCAGAGGAAUACAGAAGACAGACAGCUGAAAAGCUCAACCCCCUCAAAGAUGAGCCCUGGCAGCGACAUGAAUGGACAGAGGGGAGUCGAAGAGUUGGGUUAGUUGCUGUGAAGCUGGGGAUGGCUCCUAUCUGGACGAAAACAGGAGAAAGACAUGUAGUCACCAUGUUACAGGUGCAAGACUGCCACGUAAUAAAGCAUCUGUCAAAAGAAGAGUAUGAUGGCCACACAGCUGCUCUCAUCGUAGGAGGAAAAAACGUAUCACCAUUCUAUAGGUCUGAAAAGCAAAUGGAGAUGUUCAGGAAUGCAGGAGUGCCCCCAAAGCAGAAAAUCGCCACCUUUAAAAUCUCUGACAAUGCCCUCAUCAAGCCAGGCACUCCUCUCUAUGCAGCACAUUUCCGUCCAGGCCAGUAUGUGGAUGUCACAAGCAAAUCCAUCGGUAAAGGUUUUCAAGGUGUAAUGAAGCGAUGGGGGUUCAAAGGUCAGCCAGCCAGCCAUGGCCAAACCAAGACUCAUCGCAGGCCAGGAGCUUCUGGACCUGGAGGGGAUCCAGGCAAAGUUUUCAAAGGGAAGAAAAUGCCUGGCAUGAUGGGCAAUAUCUACAUCACAGCUCAUGGACUGAAGAUAUGGAGGGUCAAUACCAAGUAUAAUGUGCUGUACGUGCACGGCUCCGUCCCUGGCCACAGGAACUGCUUACUGAAGGUAAAAGAUACUGUACUGCCAACCAGGAGCUCCACCUUAAUCAACCCUCCUUUCCCCACCUACUUUACUGAAGAAGGCGGCGACCUGGAUGAGGACCUGUAUGAUGAAAACGUGUUCAUUCACACAGAGCCAUCGUUAACACUGACCUGAUCACACACAUGCACACACACUCACUUGCUUACAUUACAUUUACUCCUAAACCUGCAAACUGUUUGUGGAUCCUGUAAUAAAGUGUAAAUCCUUUGAA